GCAUUGAUGAACGUCUGGCUGGCGAGGGGAGUCGUUUGUCUCUAACUUCUGUUUCUUGUUUCUCUAAGCCCUUCUAAAGGCCAUACAAUAGAUUCUCCUUACCCUCGUUCCCGGCCGUUCGCUCACCCCCACAAGUCACCAUGGCGCUGUUUUUAGAUAACGCAUACAGUCUGGUCCAGAUGGACAACACUGCGGACCAGCCGUCCUUGCAGGAGUUAAAAUUGCAGUUGGAGAAAGGCAACGAUGAAACGAAGAUGGAAACGAUGAGAAAGAUCGUAACGAUCAUGCUCAACGGAGACCCCAUGUCUCAACUAUUGAUGCACAUCAUUCGCUUUGUUAUGCCCUCCAAGAGCAAGCCUCUGAAGAAACUCCUCUAUUUCUACUACGAAAUUUGCCCCAAGCACGAUGCGAAUGGAAAGCUCAAGCAAGAAAUGAUCCUUGUGUGCAAUGGAAUUCGAAACGACCUUCAGCAUCCAAACGAAUAUGUUCGGGGCAACACUCUUCGAUUCCUCUGCAAGCUCCGCGAACCGGAGCUCAUCGAACCUCUUCUCUCGUCCGCGCGUUCGUGCUUGGAACACCGUCACUCAUACGUACGGAAGAAUGCUGUUUGGGCAGUUGCUUCUAUUUAUCAACACUCCGAGUCACUUAUCCCAGAUGCCCCGGAGCUUAUUCAGACCUUCCUUGAGUCAGAAAAUGACAGCACCUGCAAGCGCAACGCUUUCGCUGCCCUUAUGACCGUCAGUCACCAGAAGGCUCUGGAUUAUCUGACUUCCACUUUUGACGGCAUACCAAACGCAGACGAACUGCUGCAGCUGGCGGAGUUAGAGUUUAUUAGGAAGGAUGCUGUGCAGAACACACAAAAUAAGGCUAAAUAUCUACGAUUGAUUUUCGACCUUCUCGAUGCCCCCACGAGCACCGUUGUUUAUGAAGCAGCUACUUCCCUUACCGCCCUGACGAGCAACCCCGUCGCCGUGAAUGCCGCUGCCAGGAAAUUGAUCGAGCUUUGCAUUAAGGAGGCUGACAACAAUGUCAAGUUGAUCGUCCUGGAUCGAAUCGACCAACUGAGAAUUCGCAAUGAGGGUGUUUUGGACGAUCUCACUAUGGAGAUUCUGCGUGUCCUUUCUAGCCCUGACAUUGACGUUCGACGAAAGGCUCUCAGCAUCGCACUGGAGAUGGUCUCAAGCAAGAACGUCGAGGAGAUCGUCAUGCUACUCAAGAAAGAGCUAUCUAAGACCGUGGACGAACAAUACGAAAAGAACAGCGAAUACCGCCAACUGUUGAUUCAAUCCAUACAUAACUGCGCGAUUAAGUUCUCCGAGAUUGCUGCCAGCGUCGUCGACCUGCUGAUGGAAUUCAUUGCUGACUUCAAUAAUAACUCUGCCGUUGACGUAAUCUCCUUUGUAAAAGAGGUAGUCGAAAAGUUCCCCAACCUGCGGGCGUCGAUUGUUGAUCGCCUAGUCUCGACACUGAGCGAGGUGCGUGCUGGAAAGGUUUACCGUGGCGUUCUUUGGGUUGUUGGAGAGUAUUCCUUGGAAGAGAAUGAUAUCCGUGAAGCCUGGAAGCGAAUUAGGUCCAGUCUUGGAGAGAUUCCGAUCUUGGCCUCAGAGCAGCGCUUGUUGGAUGAAGCCAAUGACGAGAAUGAGACACCUAAAGAACAGGUCAAUGGUCAUGCGAAAUCGGCGACUCCAACGGGAUCCAGGAGAGUUCUUGCUGACGGCACUUAUGCAACGGAAAGCGCUCUCACAAGCCAGUCUGCGGCUGCAGCCAAACUUGAGGCGGUUAAGGCUGCUCAGAAGCCACCGCUUCGUCAGUUGAUUCUGGAUGGUGACUACUACCUGGCUACUGUCCUAUCAUCUACGUUAACCAAGCUAGUCAUGCGUCACUCUGAGCUUUCUCAAGAUACUGCCCGGACCAAUGCUCUGCGCGCAGAAGCGAUGCUUAUCAUGAUUUCCAUCAUCCGAGUUGGUCAGUCUCAGUUUGUCAAGGCCCCUAUAGAUGAAGACUCGGUCGACCGAAUCAUGACCUGCGUGCGUUCUCUUGCGGAGUUUACGCAGAGAAAAGAGCUUGAGAUGACCUUCCUCGAGGACACUCGCACUGCAUUCCGCGCUAUGGUGCAAGCUGAAGACAAGAAGCGAGCUGCCAAGGAGGCUGACGAGAAGGCCAAAAAUGCCGUGCAAGUUGAUGAUGCGAUUCCGAUCAGACAGUUCUCCAAGAGAAACGCCGGGGAGGGUGCUGAAGAGAUUGAGCUUGAUCUUGCCAAGGCUACUGGCGGCGAUUCAACCGUGGAAUCUGGGCCAUCCAAGCUGAGUAGGGUGGUGCAGCUUACCGGCUUCUCUGAUCCAGUUUACGCCGAAACAUACGUCACGGUUCACCAGUUUGAUAUCGUCCUGGAUGUACUCUUGGUCAACCAGACCGAGGAGACCUUACAGAACUUGUCUGUUGAAUUUGCAACCCUGGGAGACCUGAAGGUUGUCGAGCGGCCGACAACACACAACUUGGGCCCUCAUGAUUUCUUGAAUGUGCAGGCCACAAUCAAGGUGUCUUCGACGGACACUGGAGUUAUCUUUGGCAACAUCGUUUACGAUGGACCCAGUUCCACGGAAUCCCACGUUGUCAUCCUUGAUGACAUUCAUGCAGAUAUCAUGGAUUACAUCCAGCCUGCCCACUGCAGCGAGACGCAGUUCCGGACGAUGUGGACGGAAUUCGAAUGGGAAAACAAGAUCAACAUUAAUUCGAAGGCUAAGAGCCUCCGCGAGUUCCUCAAACAGCUUAUGGAGAGCACCAACAUGGCCUGCCUGACUCCCGAGGCAUCGCUCCAGGGCGACUGCCGGUUCUUGAGUGCCAAUCUGUAUGCCCGAAGCGUAUUUGGCGAGGACGCUCUUGCGAAUCUGAGUAUCGAAAAAGAAGGCGAGGAUGGACCAAUUACUGGGUUUGUACGGAUAAGAAGCCGGUCUCAAGGUCUGGCUUUAAGCUUGGGCUCCCUCAAGGGCCUCAAAGCUUCAGCUGCGUAAAUCGAAUUGGGAUUGCGAGUCUAUUUAAGUAAUAUUCCAGUAUAUUAUUCUCUUAUUUUCUUCUCUUCUCUUCUGAUGCAUGAUCUUGUUGCCUCGGUUUUUGUUCUCGUUUGAUGUCACUGGGCAAAAAGAGGGUGUAUGAAUGGAAAGGUACUUUCCGCGAGCGUUUGUCAUGAGUAGAUACUAUUAUCAAUCUGUAUAAGCUAUAAUAUAUCAGUAUUAAAGCCAA